CAAAAGAACAGCUGUUCCCACUUUUGUUUUGAUUACGAGAGACUAUACUUCCAAAUUAAUUUACUAUUUGGGCUUAUCGCAUUACCGUAAUGGCUUUCAUGUUGCGUCAGCUUGCAAGACCUGCGCUGCAAAGAAAUUUGUUCUAUUCGGCAACAAAAUUGCGUCCAGCCGUCAAAGAUGCCGCCGCAGCCACCACAACAAAUACGCAACAGCAGCUGCAGUUGAGUGAAAGUUGUUUGAAACGUUUGCGUGAGAUAUGCAAUGAUGGUUCAUUUUUGCGCGUUACUGUUGAGGGCGGCGGUUGUUCUGGAUUUCAAUACAAAUUUGAUUUGGACAACAAGCUGAAUGAGGAUGACCUACAGUUUGGAGAGGAGCAGGCAAAAGUCGUGAUUGAUACAGUCUCGCUGGACUACUGCACUGGUGCUACCGUAGACUACCAAAGCGAGCUUAUAAGAGCUGGGUUUCGCAUGGUUGCCAAUCCGUUAGCCGAGCAGGGCUGCUCCUGUGGCUCGUCGUUCUCAGUUAAAUUGUAAAUAAGAAUUAUGUUAUACGUUGCUUGUUAAACUUUAGCGAAAUAUUCAAACAUACAGAUAUAAAUUUA